UCUCAUACACAAAACCCUUUUAUUCUCUCAAACAAGUCUGAAACGCAGUGCACGAUCACUAAGCCCAAGCCAAGAAAGUAGUAGCCAAGCUAGCUCUUGUAUAUUCAAGCCUUUGUUAUAUAUUAUAGUCAUAUCUCUCUUUCUAAGUCGUUUAUAUUUCCAGAACUACACAGCUUCGAGUAUUAAUAGCUAGCCAGUCAUCAUGUGUAAUCCAAAACCAUCCUCAUCAUCCCCAUUUCUGUGUCCCACAAAAAACCACAUCAUAAGUACUCCCGACCCCAAACUCAUAAAUCACCCUCCUCCCGUUGAUGAUCAACUUCAAGAUGAACUUCACAGAUGGCCAACUCCUAAUGAGAUAGUAGCAGAAAUGAAGGCCAUAGGAAAGAUAUCAGGGCCAACAGCUCUCACCGGUUUAAUCAUAUAUUCGAGAGCCAUGAUCUCCAUGGUCUUCCUGGGCUACCUAGGCGAGAUGGAGCUCGCCGGAGGCUCCCUCUCGAUCGGGUUCGCCAACAUCACCGGCUACUCCGUGAUCUCGGGCCUGGCCAUGGGAAUGGAACCCAUUUGCGGGCAAGCCUACGGUGCCAAACAAUUGAAGACACUGGGCCUAACCCUCCAGAGAACCGUCCUCCUUCUCCUCUCAAGCUCCCUCCCCAUUUCCCUGACGUGGCUGAACAUGAAGAACAUCCUCUUAUGGUGCGGGCAGGACCAUGAGAUCUCCAGCACAGCACAGACCUUCAUCCUCUUCUCUAUCCCAGACCUCUUCCUCCUCUCCCUCCUCCACCCUCUGAGAAUCUACCUCAGAACACAAAGCAUCACAUUACCCCUAACCUACUGCUCCGCCGUCUCCGUCCUCCUCCACGUCCCUCUCAACUUUUUAUUAGUGGUCCACUUAAAAAUGGGUGUGUCUGGCGUCGCAAUAGCGAUGGUGUGGACCAAUCUAAACCUCUUCCUCUUCCUUUCUUCCUUUAUUUACUUCUCCGGGGUUUAUAAGGACUCCUGGGUUCCCCCUAGCACUGACUGCCUCAGGGGAUGGUCUUCCUUACUUGCACUUUCUGUUCCAACCUGCGUCUCCGUUUGUCUAGAAUGGUGGUGGUACGAACUCAUGAUCAUUCUCUGUGGACUCCUUCUGAACCCAAAAGCCACCAUUGCCUCCAUGGGUAUCCUCAUUCAAACCACUUCCUUGGUCUACGUCUUCCCUUCUUCUCUCAGCCUCGCCGUCUCCACCAGAGUCGGGAAUGAGUUAGGCGCCAACCGCCCCGCCAAAGCACGCAUUUCCAUGAUAGUCUCACUCGCCUGUGCUGUUGCCUUGGGCGUCACCGCCAUGCUCUUCACCACUUUAAUGAGACACCGCUGGGGGAGAUUCUUCACCUCUGACCAACAAAUUCUCCACCUUACGUCCAUUGCUUUGCCCAUUGUUGGCCUCUGCGAGCUUGGAAACUGCCCCCAGACCACGGGCUGCGGCGUCUUGAGAGGCAGCGCCAGGCCCACCGUCGGUGCUAAUAUCAAUUUGGGCUCCUUUUAUUUGGUUGGCAUGCCUGUCGCGGUUCUUCUCGGGUUUGUUGGGAAAAUGGGCUUUCCUGGGCUCUGGCUUGGGUUGCUUGCGGCCCAAGGCUCAUGUGCUGCUCUCAUGAUAUUCGUUCUCUGCACCACUGACUGGAACGCCCAAGUGCAAAGGGCCAACGAGCUUACUAAUGCUAAUUCUGCUCCUUCCAAAUUACCUACUACGGAGUGUAACAAUGUUCGUCUUCCAGAGAUUCUUGUCAUGGACACGGAGGAUCAUCAUGAUGAGAUUAUUACCAAGACACCUUCUCUUGAAACAGACCCUCUCAUUAUACACACUUCCAAAUGAGAUUGCUUGGGUUUGGAUUGUACUGUAGAGAAAAAGGAAUAUUUAUUUCAUUUCCCCGUUAUUUAUUUGUCCCACAUCGCUUACUUUUCUUUCUUUUAGCUAGUCCCCUAGUCGCGUUAGUAACAGUUUGGUGCAUUAAUAGACAAGUUUACAUGUUAAUUAAUAAUAA